CCAGACACGGUUACAGAGAUCGCGCGAUUUCCAGGAGGGCAAUCUCUUUCUCUCACUAGGAUUCAUCUCCAGCUUGAUCUUAAGUUUUGAAGUGAUUUCGCGGACGAAGAUCCUAGCCUGUUGUUGAUCACUUGUUUCAUUUCUCGAUCUAGUUUGAAUCUUCAAGGCUCCUCGCUCGGUUGUGUCCAUUUUCCUCUUGCAAAAAUGCCUCUCAGACUGGAUAUAAAGAGAAAACUUGCUCAGAGAUCGGAAAGAGUAAAAUCAGUGGACUUGCAUCCAACAGAACCAUGGAUAUUGGCUAGUUUGUACUCGGGAACUGUGUGCAUAUGGAAUUACCAAACUCAGAUCAUGGUUAAGUCAUUUGAAGUCACUGAGUUACCAGUGAGAUCUGCAAAAUUCAUUGCUCGCCAGCAAUGGGUAGUUGCUGGUGCUGAUGACAUGUUUAUCCGCGUUUAUAAUUACAAUACAAUGGACAAGGUCAAAGUAUUUGAAGCACACACAGAUUAUAUUAGGUGUGUGGCAGUUCAUCCUACUUUGCCUUAUGUGUUGUCAGCUUCUGAUGACAUGCUUAUCAAGCUAUGGGAUUGGAAGAAAGGUUGGGUUUGCACUCAAAUUUUUGAAGGCCAUUCUCACUAUGUAAUGCAAGUGACUUUUAAUCCAAAAGAUACCAACACUUUCGCAAGUGCUUCUCUUGAUCGCACGAUAAAGAUAUGGAAUCUGGGUUCACAAGAACCAAAUUUUACAUUGGAUGCCCAUUUGAAAGGUGUAAAUUGUGUAGAUUACUUUACAGGUGGUGAUAAACCUUAUCUCAUAACUGGUUCUGAUGAUCACACUGCUAAGGUGUGGGACUACCAAACCAAGAGUUGUGUUCAGACGCUUGAAGGUCAUACCCACAAUGUUUCAGCUGUGUGUUUCCAUCCUGACCUUCCCAUAAUAAUAACAGGUUCUGAAGAUGGUACAGUUCGUAUAUGGCAUGCUACCACUUACAGACUUGAGAACACAUUAAAUUACGGCCUUGAAAGAGUUUGGGCUGUUGGCUACAUAAAAGGGUCACGUAGGGUUGUAAUUGGUUAUGAUGAAGGAUCCAUUAUGGUCAAAAUUGGCAAAGAAGUCCCUGUGGCUAGUAUGGAUAACAGUGGAAAAAUCAUAUGGGCCAGGCAUAAUGAGAUACAGACCGUGAACAUUAAAAGUGUUGGAGCAGAUUAUGAGGUUACUGAUGGAGAAAGAUUACCUUUGGCAGUGAAAGAGCUUGGAACUUGUGACCUUUAUCCACAAAGCUUGAAGCAUAACCCUAAUGGGAGGUUCAUUGUUGUCUGUGGAGAUGGUGAGUACAUCAUAUACACUGCUUUGGCAUGGAGGAAUAGAUCAUUUGGUUCGGCACUGGAGUUUGCUUGGUCAUCAGACGGAGAAUUUGCUGUUAGAGAAAGCACAUCCAAGAUUAAAAUAUUUAGCAAAAAUUUCCAGGAAAAGAAGAGUAUUCGCCCAACCUUUUCUGCUGAGCGUAUUUAUGGAGGAUUGCUGCUGGCCAUGUGCUCUAAUGAUUUUAUUUGUUUUUAUGAUUGGGCCGAGUGCAGGUUAAUUAGAAGGAUUGAUGUCAAUGUCAAAAAUCUCUAUUGGGCUGAUGGUGGCGAUUUAGUGGCAAUUGCCAGUGAUACAUCAUUUUAUAUAUUGAAGUACAGCCGUGAUGCAGUUACCUCAUAUUUAGAUAGCGGAAGACCAGUGGAUGAGCUAGGAGUUGAGGAUGCAUUUGAGCUUAUAUAUGAAAUAAAUGAACGAGUCAGGACAGGAAUAUGGGUUGGGGACUGUUUUAUAUACAACAACUCUUCUUGGAAACUUAACUAUUGUGUUGGUGGUGAGGUGACAACAAUGUUCCAUUUGGACAGACCUAUGUACUUGCUAGGGUAUUUAGCUAAUCAAAGUAGGGUGUAUUUGAUUGACAAAGAGUUCAAUGUUAUAGGGUACACGUUACUUCUCAGCUUGAUUGAAUAUAAAACACUUGUUAUGCGUGGUGACUUGGAAAGAGCCCGCGAGAUCUUACCUUCAAUUCCUAAGGAACACUAUAAUAGUGUGGCUCGUUUCUUGGAGUCCCGAGGAAUGGUAGAGGAUGCCUUGGAAGUAGCUACAGAUCCUGACUACAAAUUUGAACUUUCUAUACAACUGGGUAAACUAGAUGUUGCAAAAGAAAUCGCUGCAGUUUCACAAAGUGAAUCAAAGUGGAAGCAACUAGGUGAAAUGGCAAUGUCUACAGGAAUGUUUGAGAUGGCUGAGGACUGUCUAAAGAGUGCAAUGGAUUUGAGUGGUUUGUUGCUGCUUUAUUCCUCUUUAGGAGAUGCCGAGGGGAUCAAGAACCUUGCAUCUCUUGCCAAAGAUCAGGGAAAAAACAAUGUUGCAUUCGUUUGCCUAUUCAUGCUGGGUGAAUUGGAAGACUGCUUACAGCUGUUCAUUGACAGCAAUAGGAUACCUGAAGCUGCUUUGAUGGCUCGGUCUUAUCUUCCAAGCAAGGUCCCGGAGAUUGUUGCAAUAUGGAGAAAAGAUCUGAAUAAGAUCAAUCCAAAAGCAGCCGAGUCUUUAGCUGAUCCCGAGGAGUAUCCUAAUUUAUUCGAGGACUGGCAAGUUGCUUUGGAGGUUGAAUUAAAAGCAGCGGAGACAAGGGGUACCUAUCCUCCAGCAGGGGAAUAUGUAAACUAUUCAGGUAGACCACAUAUUAACCUUGUUGAAGCCUUCAGAAAUAUGCAUGUAGAAGAAGAUGAUGACAACGAGUUAGCACUUGAAAACGGAGGGUUGGAUCAAGAGGAGGUUGAGGAAAACGUGGAUGAGGUAGAAGAAGAGGUGCAAGGAGGAGAGGCUGACACAGUGGAUGAAGACUCUAAUGAGGGCGCAGUACUCAUCAAUGAAAACGAGGCUGAUGAAGAGUGGGUUACAAACAGUGAAGGAAAGAGAUCGGAAUGACCACAAUUUUCUUCUUUUUUAGUUUGUCCAGUUGGUUUUGUUAUGAUUGCGGACAAAGAGAGAUUGGAUUGUCGUCGAUUAUAUAUUUAGUCUGUACUUAACUACCAGCAUUGUGAUUUUGUAGGAAAGGAAUUUUGUCUUGAAUGUAAAACCAGAUUAAGACACAACAAAAUUCUCAGAUUAUUUACUUUA